AUGACCGACGUCGACACUUCAGGCGGCUCUGAGCCCCUUGAUCUCAUUGGUCUUUCUCUCAACGAGAACGUUUUCGUCAAGCUCCGUGGAGGACGAGAGCUUUAUGGACUUUUGCAUGCCUACGAUAUCCACUGCAGUAUGGUGCUUGGAAACGUAGAGGAAACAGUCUUCGAGUACGUGGAGGGCAGUCCAAAACUGGAGGCCCGAAAGAAGAAGAGCGAAAUGCUUUUUGUUCGAGGAGACUCGGUCAUUCUGGUCACCUCUAACCCCCCGAAGCGACCUUAG